ACGGCUCUUCCACGCAGGAAAGCGCUCGUGUGCCAUGCGGCAAAGCCGUGUGCUCCGGGGUUGGUGCACUACAGUGUUAAAAACUGUAAACUUCAAUCUGAUGCCCGGCCUCGUAAGGUCCGCAUGUUCAAAUACCCUAUUUACUGAAUUUAUUAGAUUCCAGCUACCCAAAACCAGGUGUUUCACUAGUAAAUCAGCAGGCAAGCGAUCCCAGCAGUGUCCCUGCCCGCAGGACAGCCUGCGAGGAUGGCCCCGCUCGGAGCCGCCCUCAGUGCCGCCGCACCGCCGCCGCUGCGGCGGGCUCGGGGCGCGGAGCAGCGGCGCUCGCAGGCGGGCUGACGACAGCGGAAGCCGGGCGGCGGGGCCGGGCCGGGCUGGCAGCCGGGCAGAGGCGGUGCCGCCCCGCCCGCGGCGCCCCGCGCUGCCCUGCCCUGCCCAUCCCAGGACAGCCCAGCCCUGGCCACUCCGGGACGUCGCAGCGCUGCGCGCUGCUGCACGCGGGAAGCAACCGGGGAGCCGCGCCGCCCCGCUCCGCGCCGCCGGCAUGUCCGCCCGCUGCUGCGCCGGCCAGCUGGCCUGCUGCUGCGGUACUGCUGCUUGUGCCUUGUGCUGCAAAUGCUGCCCCAAGAUAAAGCAGUCAACCAGCACCCGCUUCAUGUACGCGCUUUACUUCAUCCUGGUGACCAUCAUCUGCUGUGUCAUGAUGUCUACAACAGUAGCUAACGAAAUGAAAACUCACAUUCCCUUCUACAAGCAGAUGUGCAAGGGUAUUCAGGCGGGUGAGAUGUGUGAGAAGUUGGUGGGAUACACUGCAGUGUACAAAGUCUGUUUUGGAAUGGCCUGUUUCUUCUUUUUAUUCUUCUUGUUCACCAUCAAAAUUAACAACAGCAAAAGCUGCAGAGCAUACAUUCAUAAUGGAUUUUGGCUUAUUAAACUUAUAGUUCUGGCAGCAAUGUGCUCAGGAGCCUUCUUCAUUCCUGAUCAAGACACUUUCCUCAAUGCCUGGCGCUACGUAGGAGCAACAGGAGGGUUCCUUUUCAUUGCCAUUCAGCUCAUCCUGCUGGUUGAGUUUGCUCACAAGUGGAAUAAAAAUUGGACUGCAGGUGCAAACCAUAAGCAGAUGUGGAACGGUUUGCUUGCCUUGGUCACUCUCAUCCUGUACUCCAUUGCCGUGGCAGCUCUGGUGCUCAUGGCUCUUUUCUACACGCGCUCCGAGGGCUGCAUGUACAACAAGGUCCUGAUCGGAGUGAACGGGGGCCUGUGCCUCUUUGUGUCCCUGGUGGCCAUAUCGCCCUGCGUCCAGAACCGCCAGCCCCAUUCUGGCUUGCUGCAGUCAGGAGUUAUCAGCUGCUAUGUCAUGUACCUCACUUUCUCAGCACUGUCCAGCAAACCACCAGAAACUAUCCUGGAUGAAAACAACCGGAAUAUCACAAUCUGUGUACCUGAAUUCAGUCAAGGCCUGCACAGAGAUGAAAACCUGGUUACUGGCUUGGGUACUACGAUUCUGUUUGGCUGCAUUUUAUACUCUUGUUUGACCUCAACAACACGUGCAAGCUCAGAGGCACUGAAAGGAAUAUAUGCAACAGCUGAAACUGAAGUAGCUCGCUGCUGCUUUUGCUGUGUACCUGACGGAGAUGCUGAUGCUGAAGAUCAUGUUGAAAAAAGGGGAGGCCAGACUGUGGUUUACGAUGAGAAGAAGGGCACAGUGUACAGUUAUGCCUACUUCCACUUUGUUUUCUUCCUGGCUUCUCUCUAUGUGAUGAUGACAGUAACUCAUUGGUUCCAUUAUGAAAGUGCUCAGAUUGAAAAAUUCUUCACUGGAACGUGGUCUAUCUUCUGGAUUAAGAUGGUCUCCUGUUGGGUUUGUGUCUGUCUGUACUUAUGGACUCUUGUUGCUCCACUCUGUUGCCCAACCAGAGAGUUCUCAGUGUGAACAGUCAAAAGGUCAUUUUAAGUUUUUCUGGUUUUUUUGUUGGUGGUUUUUUGGGGUUUUUUUAAGUGAGGAAACACCUACUACCCACUUAUCAUAAUGUACCAGUUAUUACCUUUUUAGUCAGACUAAACAAAUGGUUGAAGACUUUUUUUUACCAUUUUUUAUUAUCAUGAACAAGCAUUGCCUAAAGGAACAAAUCUGUUUCGAAACUUUGCAAUGCUUAUGUGUGGAGUGUAGGAAACACAGCUGUUGCAUCAACUGGAAUAAGUGAAAUACUCUUCAAAUAACUGACAAUCCUUCUCCGGCUUCAUUGACAAGGAAAGAAAAACUCAUGGUGCAAAUGGUAUCUUCUUACUUCCUAUGAAUAUUUGGUAUCUUCCAGCAAAUAUGCAUUGAUUCCUUUUUAUACUCUUUCAUUAAUUGUUUAUUUUACAGUUUGCAGUGAUGAUUUGGACUGCUGUUUUGUACAGCAUAUAAUUCUUGUGAGUAGUAUCAAGAUAAUUUUUUUCCAAAAACAUAUCUAAAUACUUCUGUAGAAAUAAGAGAAUAUAUAAAAUUUGGCUGCCAAAGCAUCUACUAAAAAUUGUUUAUCUAAGGAUUAAAUAUAUUAAGUUAUUUUAUAGCUAGAUAAAGAAAGGAAUGUACCAAUUAUAGUAAAGUAUUUAUUCUAUUAAUACUUUCAAGGCGCUUGGAUAUUUAACACAAUUCAAAUUUAGCCCAGGUAAUAACUGAAGAAAAGUUCUACACACAAAUUCUCAAACUCAAUUUUGUCCAAGUUUGCUUUGCCAGGUUACUCAAAAGUUGAGUGUACUGCAUGGGGAUGUAAGAUAAGGUACAUUCUUUAUUCACAUUGUUUAUUGUUGAGAAAACGAUAGUUAAGGGAGCACUGCUAGUUGCUGUUAAAUUUAAAAGUGGGGUGCUCAUUUACUUUGCUGCCCUGCUGUUUCAGCUUGUCUCUAAAGGUCUCCCAGGUCUUCAGUACUGUUUCCAUGACUAGUUUUAUAUUUUAGAUUCAUUGAUGGGUAGAAAAGGACUAUAGUGUGUCACCAUCUUUUCUGCUUGCAUUUUAAUUGGAAAGUAUUUUUUCUAACUGCUAUAUUUUUGUACUCCUCUGUUGAUAUUAGUUUGCUGUUGGGAUGGGACUUAGCCAACCGAUAUAUUAAUGGAGACAGAAAUUCCUUUGUAGAACUCCUAUUCCAAGCACUGGAGUUAGCAGUUGGGAAAGCAAAACCAGAAGACACAAAUAUAAUAAGCAGCUGCCUUAGUACAAAUGACUUGUUAAUGUUAAACACUACCUUGUCACCUUUUUUUUAUUAAUUGAAGCAGAUUAUUUGGUUGUAAAACAACAGCCCAAAUGCCUUGAAUGCUGAAAAAGGUCUAACCCCUAUAGUUACCUGCAUUCUGGUGGGUUGAAUUUAUGACUUGAGCCUAGUCCUGGUGGGUUUUGUCUUUUCAAUCUUGAUAUAUAUAUUCACACACACAUACUGUGUAAAAUACCAACCAAUUUAGCAGCUCUCUUUUUUAAAAAAUUAUGAUUGCGCCUUAAAUCUUCAUCCACUGCUUUCUGCAAAUCAAAGAAAAGCACAACAUGGAGGCCAGUGGUUUGGCCAAAAGAUUUACAUGCCUUAGUUUUUCUGUUGGAAUAAUUAAUGGCUAAUUCCCACCUGGUGAGUAAUCUUAACAUAUUGGAUCUUGAUUCCGGUCUUGUUUUCAUUACCAUUUUUAGCUGCCUUGUUGUUACGAUAUCCCAGGGUUUCUGUCCUGUUUGGAGCUUUCUAGGGAUGUGAUCUUCCCCACCCUGUGCACUCAUAUGUGAAACAAAGUCUGCAGGUCUGCAGUCCUGUCUACUUAUGCCACCCAUCCCAGUGAUUAAAGGCUCAAAAUACAUGUCCUGAGAUCUGAGGGAAGGAGGAGUCUUUCCAGCAGUGAUUACCUUGUUUUUCUUGUUUGCACCAAGAGUUAACAAACCAGUUGAAGCUGGGCUUUGACACUGAGUGAGAAAAGCAACAAGUAGCUCUGGACAGGGAGGCAGGUUUUUCUCUUUCAGUUUGCUUCUGCUGGUAGGUUCUGAUCCUGCCAAGAGCUCUGCUAGCACGGGGACCUGUCAGAACAUUUCUGCCUGCACUUAAAGUCUCGCUAUGCAGAUACUUCUGCAGCUGGAAAAGGCCUUUAUUAAUGCUUUUUCAAUCCAGAAACAUUUAUCUGUCCAAUCUGUAAGAUACGAGCUUGUGGGGUGUGCAGUGAUGACUAACAGUUGUCCCACCUAACUCACAACAGCAGUUCUGACAAACAGUUCUGAUCCAGUGCUGCAGUUGUGUGCAGCAACUGAAAUAGUCAAGGCUCAGGCUUUGCCUGAUCCUAAGAGGAGUGCAAGGUUUGCCUUCUAGUGCCAUAAAUGCUGUACUAUGAGAAACCAAGUUGGGGUUUGUUUGUUUGUUUUUGUGGUUUGUGGAGGGUUGGUUUGUAUUUGUUUGUUUGUUUUCCAAAAUUAGCCAUGGUUUUUGUGUCAGAACAAUCAGGGGAAGGAGCUUUACAGAGGAAGGCAUGCACUAUAUCAAGUUAUAAGGCAGGGAAGGGUUUCUAUUGUCUGGUUCUGCUAGCAGGCAUCCCGGUCACAAAUGUGGAUGAUCUGAAUACUGAUAUUGGUCCUUGGAUGUUCUUGUUUACAGAAACACUCAUUUUAUGUAGUUUUUGCUUCAGGGCUUUGUGCAGCUCCUUGUGCUCUUUUUUUUUUACAGUUUGUGUUUAGGGAAAUAGGUUUUGCACAGAAGAAACAAGGCUGUAAAAAGAAAGUCCACAGUGAAGCAUGAGUCCAACCUUACACAGCUCUCACCUCACUGAGCUGCUCCUUCAUCCUUCCCUACUGCCAACUAUUGACCUUAAGUGUCUUAGAUCUGCAGGUAUACAUAGAGUGGGAAUAGGGCAGUGCUUAUUUACACAGUUUUGUCUACUUUGAGCAAAUGUUGUGGGGGGAAUCCCCCAAAAUAAAUAACUUUGAGGGCCUGUGUGUCCAUGGUUUCCCAGAUCCAUCUAUGGACUUCCAGGCCUUUCUAAGGAAUCAGUAACUAGUAGCACUUGCAUGUGCAAAGACUCUAGUUCCUCACCAAGACAAGGCUUCCUGCUGGCCAGGCAAAUGUUACAGUAGCCUUAGUGUUUGCUGUAAAAUCUGUACUGUGAACUUCCAUGUGCAACUAUAUAAUAAAAUGCUUGGCUCGGGUCAAGGAAUCAAAUUCCCAGCCCAUAGGUUCCAAACAGUUCAUGCAAAUGGGCUUUUAAAAAAACUUCUUAAGAAGUGCCUUUGUACCUACUGCUGUGAAAAUUAAUAAUUCAGGUGGCACUAAAACUGGAAAACCUGGACUGAGCCUGUGGCUGUGUGAUGCUGCCUUGUAUGUUACACCAGUGUGUACAAGGCACAGUCAGACCCGGUGUGCAUGUGGAAGACCAAACAGUCUGUGUUUGACAAACCUUUGGGGAUAAGACUGCUUCAGGUAUUACUGUGCAGUGGAAAAUUAAGUGGGAAAACUCACAAGCAGCCUGAUGCUUUUGUAAAUAAAUGAUUAGUUUUACAUUUAAGCUGUAAGCAGUUAACUUUCUCUCCCCAUACCUGAAAGUGCAGGUGACUGCUGAGGCAAGUCUGUCCUGCUUUGUACCAUGAUUGUUCAUUGAAUUUGUUCCCAGAUGUAAGCAGUGCAGCACUUCUGGCUCUUAGUGGUCUUGGGCUCUGUGAAGUGAGGAAGCUUACAAAAACAUCAAGACCAGAGAACAUGUCCUAUACUAAAUUUCCUCUAUUUAAAUUUGAUGAAUUAAUGCUGUCUCUAGUAGACUCUUGGAGGGACGGACAAUGUUGACAGAAGUCCUGCUGGGAAGAUGAAACCAUUUUACUGACUUUUUUCUACUCUUUCAAAUCUGCAAUCAUAAAGAUUAUUUGGGACUUCACAGCUGCACUAUCAUCUGAGACUAGAACAAUUUAACUUUUCCUUGUGAAGGCAACCAAGAGCUGCAGUCAUGACUGUGGGGUAAAGACUCAGAGAACAAGUGUCUGAAUCAAAGUACCUGGACUAACAAAUGAGACAAUAAAACUUUACUAGGGAUGUGUGGAAAGCAGAUGGGUAUGCUUGUUUGCUGUUUGCCACAUAGUUCCUCAAAAUGUGCAGGCAGCCCUUGCAGCUGGAUGCCAACUAAGGAGCUUCACUGCAAUCAGACAUCAAAGGUGUUGCAUGUUUGUGAUACUCUCAGCUUUCUCCUUUGAGCACUUCCAUGAGGUUCAAACACCUUGUACAUGCCCAGCUAGUGUGGUAAAUCCUGGCUGGGUUGGGCUGCUUUCCUCUGAAAUGCAGAAUUCAGUGUUUCUAAUGUAGGCACAGUCCAGAGAAAGGGUUUUUUUCCCCUGCAGAAUCAUAAACACUGCAUGUCUAUUUAUUUAUUUAUUUUGUGUUUUAGCACCUUUUUACAAAUCUAUAAAUGCUUUGAGAUUGUAAAUUAUGCAUGUGUAAUUGCUUUGUCAGCUACUGCUGCAGCCAUUUCUGGGCUAGAACAUUGCUGUUAAUGAAGCAACCAUUGCACUUGUGAAAAAGCUGGUUUUUAACAGUUCUCUGGCUUUGAAUGAUGGCAUCAGGAAAAUUUGGGUACUGAAGAUAGUGCUGCUUGAACUUUGGCCAACAGCCCACUGUAUCCUGGGCAUCUCUGAACAGAUCAGCAACAGAGUAAUCCACUGACUGUUUUUAAACUGCACUGUAAAUAUUUUAUAAACUGCUAGGCUUUUCUCCUAAGUUGAUGAAGCAAAAUAUUGUAAGACCGUACCUUUGUGGCUAGACGAGUGGAGUUAUCCACAGCUAAAAUUUUGCUCUCAUUUUCCUUCUGAGCUUUAGAAGCAGUGUCUUUUGCUUGGAGGCUGUAUCUCCUCAUUUUACUUGCCUUUUUCUCCUUGGAUUUGUUUUUUAAAGGCAGUGUAAGCCUCCUUCAUUCCCAGACAACCUGCUGCCUGUCAGAUGGGAUGUCUUUGGUGCUAGAAACUCCUAAAAAGACCUCUUUACAAAGUCUUACAGAUCCUUUCCUUUUCAGAGCAGGACAACCUGCAGCAAUGAAGCGGAGUCAAGGAUCAUAGUUUAUUACAUGGAUCAGUUUUCCUCUUUGAAAACUGCUUCUUUGUUUUCCGAAGUGACCUACGAGUUCUUGUGGGAGGGAAACACAUAAUGAACACCAUGACAUUUUUUUUGUGUUUUCAGUUUUGUAAACAGUAGUUAGGAUUCAGUGUUUCACAUGACUGUACAAGUGAAUGCCAGGGGUCAAGUGCUUAGAAAGCUUUAGCUUUUUUUACUCAGAACAGCAUAUGUAGCUUGGGAACUGGUAUGUCCCUGUAUUUCUACAUCCUCCUGGCAGAGUGUCCAAGUGCCCCAGGAUAGAGAUGCAGACACUGUACUGAGUUUGAAGCAGCAGCUUUGAGAGACUGGCAUGAUGACUGCUUUCAAAUGCUCAAGGAUAUUCUGUAGGUUUCAAGUAGACCUUAAAUCCCGUUUGUUCAGGUUUUUUUAAUCCAAUCCGGAUUUGAUUCUUUCCUCACCUGUGCAAUAGUGUUGUUUUUAAGAAGUUAGAAUUUAUUUCAGAUAUAAGCCAUGUUGGCUUCCCUGCUGCCUGCCAGUCUCUGAUAGUUCCGAGUGUGUAGCAUCCAGACAUUUUCAGAGACUUGUUCAGAGCCACAUUCAUCAGCUUUGAAACCACUCCAGCAGCCUAAAGCUUCCAGGGCUUUUGCUCACCAGAGCUGCAGAGUGCAGCACUGCAGCCAUGCUUUUGCCAAAGAAGCCUCAGCGUGAAGCCAAGAAGAAAGUGUGAAGCCAAGAAUUUUGGAAAACUAUGGGGAAAUAAUGGAUCAUUUGACAUACCAUAGCUUUAGUUUUCCUCUUACGAUACAAGUCCAGGUGCUUAGGUGUCCUUUGGACAUCCAUGCAGACUUAAAGUGCAGAGAAUUAACGUCCAGAUAAAAUCAUUCUACUUAUGUAGUGUACAAAGGCUGAAGAAAGACUUAAUAGGAACAUAUGGGUUCAGUGUCUGCUUUUUUUUUCACCACUGAUGUGUGGUGUUCCGUCUCAUAUAUGCCAUGUUCAAAAACUGGAUGCAAAGUAGUCAAAAUAUAAACACAUUUUCUUAAUGGUGAGGGGAUUUUAAUUAGUCUUUUUCAAGGUUCUUAAUAUCUCAAGGGAACUUUUUAGUGUGUAUGUGUGGUUUUAUUUUAUUAAACUGUAGCCCAGUGAAGUGGAAGUUUGCUAGUUUAUUCAACUUUUUUGCAAGUGUUGUGGUCUUUAGUAACUGUAACAGUUUGACUUUUAAGGAUUGGUAAAGAUUCCAGAAUUGUAAGAUUUUACUUGUAAAAAUAGUUAAUAGCUUUGCCUUUUUAGCAUGUUAAUGGUUUUUAUGGACACUUCCUUUUGUAUACUGAGUGAAUGUAUUGUUAUAGAUUUAAUGUUUAAUGGACCAAUAAAAUUUUCUUACAUUUGAA